AUGGUCGACGGUGUCUUCCACCUUGUCUCUGCCGCCGACAUCACGUUGGAAAUACCGGACAUGCCGGAGGGCACUGAGUUCGAGAACCUGGGUACUACUGUCGAGGUCAUCGCCGCCAAUGGAGGCAAGCUCGUUGUUGGCGAGACGGAGUUCACUCUUCAGCAGUUCCACUUCCACUUGCCUAGUGAGCACCUGGACAACGGAACCAGCAUUGCCAUGGAAAUGCAUAUGGUCUGGGAGUCUGCUGCUCAGGAAAUAGCCGUCAUCGGUGUAUUUGUCGACCUUGAUAACGGCGCUGCCGUCGCCGCCGCUGCGGGUGCUGCGGUCCAGGCUGCCCCCGAAAAGAAGCGCCGUGAUGUUUUCCACCCACAUGCUCGUCGACAAGAAGAAGCUGCUCCAGCAGAGUCCGUGCCAGGAUCUUUCGGCGGUGUCGCUGGCAUGCUCACGAUUCCAUCUGUCGAGGCCGUCGGCGUCUCGUCGUCCCUGCUUGAGACUGUCUUCACCCAGGUGGAGGAGAUUGCCACACCUGGGACAGCAGUCAAGACAGCUCCGUUAGUUAUGAGCGACGAGAACGUCAUGUGGAUGGUUGCGACACAAAAGCUGCAGAUCCAAACUGCGACGUUUGAGCGUGUACGUAAUGUUAUCGGCUUCAACGCCCGGUUCCCCCAAAAUACGCCGGGUGAGCCGAACUUGCUCCAGGUUGGGGCUGCUGCUGCUGCUGCAGUCCAAGCUCCAAUUGCGGCGGAACCUGCUGCUGAAUAG